AUGUCGGGAGAAGCGUGGCUUUACCUUCUGGCGGUGCUCAUCAACGCCGUCAACCUAUUUCUGCAGGUUUUCUUCACCAUCAUGUACAGCGAUUUGGAAUGCGACUACAUCAACCCCAUUGACCUCUGCAACCGCCUGAACGCUUACAUCGUCCCCGAGGCCGCGGUUCACGCUUUCCUGACACUACUCUUCGUUAUCAACGGUUACUGGCUGGCUAUCAUUCUGAACCUGCCACUGUUGGCUUUCAACGCAAAGAAGAUCUACGACAACCAGCAUCUGUUGGAUGCGACGGAGAUCUUCCGAAAGCUGAAUGUGCACAAGAAGGAAUCCUUCAUCAAGCUGGGCUUCCACCUCUUGAUGUUCUUCUUCUACCUAUACAGCAUGAUCGUCGCUCUGAUCCGGGACGAGUCGGAGUAA